CCACAGACCGCCGCGCAGCCCUCGAGUAGAACUCUUUAUUCCCAUCUUUCACCUUCACAAUCUCUUACCAUGUCGAGCUUCACCGAAUCGUCGUCACCGGUGGACCCACGCCGUCUCACGAACAGGAAUACGAAUCGAUACUCGGUGAACCAACUCUACUCGAUGGCCGCCGAGAAUGAUACAGACAUUGAGGAUGAUCUUUCAAGAGCACAGAAACGGCUCCGCGAUCUCAAGAGCCGCAUAUCUGCUCAAUCAAAGAAAAACUUCGUAUUGGAGAGGGACGUUCGCUAUCUGGACUCGAGAAUCGCGCUGCUCAUCCAGAACAGAAUGGCUCUUGAUGAGCAAAAUGAAGUACAGCAACAUCUGGAAGAGGUUGAUCCCAACGAAGGCGCUUUCCCUCCAGAACGCAAACUUACGGUUGGUGAACCACCCCUGAA